UGUCUUUUUGAGACUAUAGAUGCACUCACAUAUGCAUAGCCUACUACGGUUCAUGUGGAACUGUUGGCUGCUCGUGCUGCUGGGUUGAAUCCAGCUCAGUGAGAGCUCAGCAUGUGUGAAAGUGAAGCUGACUCGUGCUUUUUAGCAGCACAAACACACGCAAUAAUAUAGCAUGAAAAAUCAUGUUACGUCAGUAAAAUAUGUGCACAAGAACAAUAUCCAACAAUAUGCAGUAACAGCCUAAAAUCAAUAAUAAAACGUUAUUUUCUGCUUUCCGUAAAAAAUAUUCACGAGCUCAGGAAAACAAAAAAGUUGUUUAGGCUAUUUGUGUCAUUUUUUAACUAAACCAAAUUAAAAACCUUUUAUUUUUUUAGUUUGACACAUUGCGAUGCUAUUUAGCCUAUCACACGUAAUAAAUCAAUCACACAUAAUAAAAAUCACGCAAAAUAAUUUUGCUUGAGUUUGCAGUAAUGUGAGUAAGAUUGAGUGGGAUUCUGCAGAUCAGUGAGUGCGCGUGACGUCACAGCGGUCCCCUGGAGAUCGUAGGCUAUUGAGACUGCGCGCGCAGGAUGCUGAGCUGCUGCAUUUAAACAGUAUGGACAGCUCUAUUUCGCCAACCUUGCAUGUAUUUCAGCAUAUAUAAAGAGCACAAGUCUGUCACUGCGAAAGAAAACGCAUCAGUCUAGCUAUGGAGCGUCUUCUUCAUUCACCUGGCAGGACACGGGAUGAGUACCGGCAUCAGGCGGCGCGUCCUUCAUCACAGCUGCUCUCGAGGAGUGCGUUUACCUUUGGGUCGACAACACAACCGAGAGGACAUGAAUUCGGGCAUGAUAGUUUAGAUGUUUCAAACGUAUUGGCAGGUGGGAUGAGGAAAACGAGUGAGAAAGAGUUACUGCAGGGGCUCAAUGACCGCUUUGCCGGAUUCAUCGAGAAGGUUCAUCACCUGGAGAACCACAACAGAGCCCUGGAGAGAGAGAUUGAGAUUAUUAGACACACGGCCAAAUCCUCCACCUCUCUGUCUAAAGAGUAUGAAUCUGAACUGGACGACCUGAGGCGACAGGCUCGUGAGGUGAGCCUUCAAAAGCAUCAGAUAGAGAUCACACGUCAAAACCUGGAGGAUGAGUUCAACACUUUACGGGGCAGGUACGAUAAAGAGACUCGUGACCGAGCUGAUGCUGAGGAAAAAAUCUCAGUGAUGAAGAAAUGCAUCAAUGAGGCAAAUUUAGCCAAACAAGAGAUGGACAGGAAAGCAAAAGCACUUGAAGGCGAGAUCGGCUUCUUGCAGUCAAACCAUGAGAGUGAGGUAACAGAGUUAAUGGUGCAGAUUCAGGACAGUCAGGUGACAGAAAAGCGUGAUUUUGGUAUUAGUGAUGUCACUGCGGCUCUGAGGGACAUCAGGGUGAAGCUCGAAGGUCACACCGCUUCUGACACCCGAUACAUCGAAGAGCGCUAUCGCAAACAGCUCGGCAAACUGACUAAAAGUGCUGAGGUAAACAGAGAAGCACUCAUGGCCACUAAAGCAGAGAUAAAUGAACACAGAAGACAACUGCAGUCCAAAAACAUUGAGCUCGACUCUGUGAAAGGUGUGAGAGAAGCUUUGGAGAAGCAACUUUAUGAUCUUGAGCAGCGACACAAUGCUGAAAUCCACCAUUAUCAGGACACAAUAAGAGAGCUGGACUUCGAGCUAAAAAAUGCUAAAUAUGAAAUGAGCAGCCAUCUCAGAGAGUACCAGGAUCUUCUCAAUGUGAAAGUGGCACUAGAUGCUGAAAUUUAUUCAUACAGACAACUUUUGGAAGGUGAAGAGUCGAGGUACUCUACAGUCUCAGAUGCAGGCAUUUCAGUACCAUACAUUUACAGGCAGUCACCCAUCUAUACUCUCCCUUGCGUCAAAAGACAGGGGGGAGGUCGCAAAGCAGAGCCUCAGUACAAAUUUGUUGAAGAGAUUAUUACAGAGACAACCAGAGAAGAUGUGGAGAUAUCAGACACUGGGUCUGACAAGACCGGGGAGGGUGACAUGCCAGAGGAGGAAACCAGUGAGAAAGAUAAUGAAGGCGAGACUUUACCAGAAGAUAAUGAUGGAGAACCAGAAGACGGCAGGGAGGACAGCAGAGGUAGCCAAAAAGUAGAGACAGAAGAAACUGAAGUCAAACUGACUGAUAAAAGUGAUGAAGAUACAGAAGACACAGCAGGUGAAAACAUGACAGAUGUUUCUGAGGUACAUGAGGAUAUGGACACUGACUCUACACCAAUUAAAGACAAGUCUCCUACAAAAAACAAAGAUGACAAAAUAGAACCAAAGAGUGCAAAAGAUCUAAAGGAUGACAUGAAGGAGAAAGCAGAAACAGCACAGUCACAUCUAUCUGGACAAGACGAUGUAAAGACAGAAAAAUUAGCUAAAGAGGCAGAGAAAGAGGUCCCAAAAUUAGAUCUGACACAAGAAAAUGAAGUCGCACCGACUGAUAAAAGUGAUGAUGAUACAAAAGACACAGCAGGUGAAAACAUGACAGGUGUUUCUGAGGUACAUCAGGAUAUGGACACGGACUCUACACUAAUUCAAGACAAGUCUCCUACAAAAAACAAAGAUGACAAAAUAGAAACAAAGAGCGCAAUAGAUCUAAAGGAUGACAUGAAGGAGAAAGCAGAAAUAGCACAGUCACAUCUAUCUGGACAAGACGAUGUAAAGACAGAAAAAUUAGCUAAAGAGGCAGAGAAAGAGGUCCCAAAAUUAGAUCUGACACAAGAAAAUGAAGUCGCACCGACUGAUAAAAGUGAUGAUGAUACAAAAGACACAGCAGGUGAACACAUGACAGGUGUUUCUGAGGUACAUCAGGAUAUGGACACGGACUCUACACCAAUUCAAGACAAGUCUCCUACAAAAAACAAAGAUGACAAAAUAGAAACAAAGAGCGCAAUAGAUCUAAAGGAUGACAUGAAGGAGAAAGCAGAAAUAGCACAGUCACAUCUAUCUGGACAAGAUGAUGUAAAGACAGAAAAAAUAGUUAGAGAGGCAGAGAAAGAGGUCCCAAAAUUAGAUAUGACAGAAGAAAAGGAAGUCAAACCGACUGAUAAAAGUGAUGAGGAUACAAAAGACACAGCAGGUGAAAACAUGACAGAUGUUUCUGAGGUACAUCAAGAUAUGGACACUGACUCUACACCAACUCAAGACAAGACUCCUAUAAAAAACAUAGAUAACAAAAUAGAAACAAAGAGCGCAAAAGAUCUAAAGGAUGACAUGAAGGAGAAAUCAGAAACAGCACAGUCACAUCUGUCUGGACAAGAUGAUGUAACCACAGAAAAAUUAGUGAAAGAGGCAGAGAAAGAGGUCCCAAAAUUAGUUAUGACAGAGGAGCUGUCAGUAGUAAUACCAGAAAAAUCUGAUGCUAUACCGGAGGACAAAACAUCUCAGGAGCCACACGAUCCUGAAACAACAGCUCAAGUAAACAAUAAACCCAGUCAGCAGACUGUUGAGGUUGCUUCUCAAGGACCCAAAGAUGAUGGACACAAAGAUGCUGCAGUCAUAGUCAUAUCUCAGGAAUCUAAGACUGCAGACAAAGAGAAAGAAACAACUCCAGAGAAAUCUGUAGAGAUGGACACUCCCACACUGGACCCACAGCCAGCACCCGAAAAUGCUGAGAAUGGACAAAAGACAACUUCUGGACACAAAGAGGACAUGAAGGACAAGAAAAUAAGUUCCCCAGAAAAGGAGAUUACAGGCACUGUCGAAGUAGAAGCUGGAAAAUCUGAGUGUAUGGAUCAAGAGGAUACAAGUAAAAUAACAGUCGAUGAGAAAGAGAAACACCAAGAGGUUCAAUCAAAAAUGGAGGAAAAAGAAGUAAGACUUGAAAAAUCCACCAAAAAAGAAGAGAGCAAAGCUGAUGUACAAAUAGACAGUGUGAAAACUGAAAAGGAAGAAAGUGUCAAUUCAGAAGCAUCAGAAAAAACACAAGAGGAACUUUCAAAAGUCACAGAAUCCAUGAAGGUUGAUGAAACCAUGAAGGCUGAUGAAACCAUGAAGGCUGAUGAAACCAUGAAGGCUGAUGAAACCAUGAAGGUUGAUGAAACCAUGAAGGUUGAUGAAACCAUGAAGGUUGAUGAAACCAAGAAGGUUGAUGAAACUCAGAGUAAUGAAGCCCUAAAAGCCAAGGAACCUGAUGCAAAGCCUGCGCAAAAAGAAACUCAGGAGAGCAAAGUGAAGACACCUGACAAUGCUGAAGCACCUCAUUCUGACAGUGUAAACACUGAAAAGUCAAAGAAACAAGAGGACAGCAAAGACAGCAGCAUUGACUGUGUGAAACCAAGCCAAGGAGAAAUUAAGAAAGUUGAUGAAACCAAGAAGGUUGAUGAAACCAUGAAGGUUGAUGAAACCAAGAAGGUUGAUGAAUCCAAGAAGGUUGAUGAAACCAAGAAGGUUGAUGAAACCAAGAAGGUUGAUGAAUCCAAGAAGGUUGAUGAAACCAAGAAGGUUGAUGAAACCAAGAAGGUUGAUGAAACUCAGAGUAAUGAAGCCCUAAAAGCCAAGGAAUCUGAUGCAAAGCCUGCGCAAAAAGAAAUUCAGGAGAGCAAAGUGAAGACACCUGACAACGCUGAAGCACCUCAUUCUGACAGUGGAAACACUGAAAAGUCAAAGAAACAAGAAGACAGCAAAGACAGCAGCACUGACUGUGUGAAACCAAGCCAAGGAGAAAUUAAGAAGGUUGAUGAAACCAGGAAGGUUGAUGAAACCAGGAAGGUUGAUGAAACCAAGAAGGUUGAUGAAACCAUGAAGGUUGAUGAAACCAAGAAGGUUGAUGAAACCAAAAAGGUUGAUGAAACCAAGAGUGUUGAUGAAACCCAGAGUAAUGAAGCCCUAAAAGCCAAGGAACCUGAUGCAAAGCCUGCGCAAAAAGAAUCUCAGGAGAGCAAAGUGACGACACCUGACAAAGCUGAAGCACCUCAUUCUGACAGUGGAAACACUGAAAAGUCAAAGAAACAAGAGGACAGCAAAGACAGCAGCAUUGACGGUGUGAAACCAAGCCAAGGAGAAACCAAGAAGGUUGAUGAAACCAAGAAGGAUGAUGAAACCAAGAAGGUUGAUGAAACCAAGAAGGUUGAUGAAACCAACAAGGUUGAUGAAACCAUGAAGGUUGAUGAAACCAUGAAGGUUGAUGAAACCAAGAAGGUUGAUGAAACCAAGAAGGUUGAUAAAACGCAGAGUAAUGAAGCCCCUAAAGCCAAGCAACCUGAUGCAAAGCCGGUACAAAAAGAAACUCAAGAGAGCAAAGUGAAAACACCUGACAACGCUGAAGCACCUCAUUCUGACAGUGGAAACACCAAAGAUGUAAAAACUGAAGAAGCUGUCCCAAAAGAAACCAAACAGACGGAAUCAGCAAAAUCUGAUACAGCAAUAAAAUCAGAUGUCAAAGCUCUGGAGAAGACAGAGCAGGUCAAAGAAAACAGCGAGGAGGAAAAAAUAAACAUCAAAAGUCCCGGAGAAACAAAUAAAUAAGAGAUGAAAAGCAGAACCAAUGACAGCAAAGAAUGUUAAAAUAAGCAACCCUGAGGAAUGUAUUAUGAUUGCACGAUUAUCUUUAAUUAAGCAUAAAAUUUAGGAACUGCGACCUUAAAUAGGUGUUUGAUGCUUGUGUACUGUACACUGUAAUCUACAUGUACAGAGAAUGUGGAAAUAAUGAGGAAUGAACAAUCAUUUUUUGGUACAUCCCUUGCCAUGAUCAGUCAAAUGUAUGUAUGUAAAUCAGUGCAAUAAUAUAGAAUAAAUAUUUCAGCAUA